AUUUUUUUUAAUACACGCAUGAAAAAUUAGUUGAUUAAAAGUGUGUGCAGCUGAGGUGCGGAGAUUAAGUUUUUUUAUUUAUGUGACGAGUUUUAGCGCUUUAUUUUAGGUAUUUUAAAAAACAUUUAAUUUAAGAAUAUAAACUCUAAGAAUUUUGCAAGAUGAUUGCAAACAUUUUUUUGUUAAUUGUUUGCGUGGUGUACAAUGAGGCGUAUGUCGAUAUUACAGACGACCUGGACUAUGCAGGAGUUAGUGGUGUGUUUGUUCCUAUCAAAACAAAUUUCAACGCUGAAAGUGAUGAUUUAUCUGCUCGUCAGCUUGCCGAACUAAAAGAACUACAAGAUCAAGUUGAUAGUUUUUUGAAUCAGCUUCAGAGUGUUGCUGAUUUAUUUAAAAAGAUUAAAAAAGCUUAUCAAAGCGGGAAAACUGAAAUUCCAUUUUACGAAAAUUGCAUUGUUGAUAUAUCAUUCAAGAAUCCAAACUACACUAUAAAAGCUGAUGAAGCAAAAUGUAAAGGAGGUGUUAGUCUUGGCAGAGUUGUUAAAAAGUUAUUUGAAAAAUUUGAUGUUGAAGCCUUAUCUUCAGGUUUUAUUCAGGGCAACAAAGUGUUUAUCCAUUUAUUGUCAAUCAAUGAAAAUACUGUAUCAAUUAAGGCAAAAUACCAUGGCCGUUACUCCCAUACUCAGUCUAUGCUUCAGCUUAUGGAUAUAAAACUUGAUUUAGAUAUUCCUAGAGAAAAAUCAACAGAAGAAUUCAAAUUUAAAUUGACAGGAAAAUUUAACAACUUCAUAACUGAAAUAGUUUAUGAUUUAAAAGUGAGUCCUUAUGCUAAAAUUAGAAUUGAGGUAACUAAAACAACAGUUGAGCGUUUCAUAAAGUUGUGGGGUUUGCAAUCUUCCGAUUUAGUAAACUUUCCUUUCGAUAAACUUAAAGAUGCUGAAAUUAGUGGUGAGGUUAAAGCUUUAUACAAUACAAAAGACAACCACUUCCAACUUACAGCUCAACUCAAAUAUAAAGAUGAAGUAAUAGAUUUAUCUAUCAGUUUAAUUGUUGACAAACCAAAAGGAAAGCCUGUUGCUGUUGCCCUUAUUGCAAAAUUAGACUCUAUUACAAACAUUGUAGACUAUUUGAAACAAAAAUUUAAUUAUAAUGGCCCUGAUUUUAUCAAACAGUUGAUAAAGAGUGGUACUCUUUCUAUUUCAAACAAAAAAAUUAAGUUGAUUGAACGUCUCCGCUUAAAGUUAGAUGGAAAAGCUCUAAAGUCUGUUGAAUAUGGUGUUCAUAUCUACAUAGAAACUGAUAUGAAAACUGCCUUAGAAAACUGUGCUAAUGAUCAGGCUCCUCAAAGAAAGGUAGAGGUGACAGAAACAAAUAAUAAAAAAAAUCAUCUAAUAAAGAUAAGUAUAUUAAAGACUGGCGUUGUAAUAGAAUUACCCCAAAACUUUUCACAAGACUUGAAAGUAUUAAUGAAAUGUUUCCUAAAAGAAAUGAAUAUUUAUGUUCAGACAGUAGUUGUUCCAGAGGCACUAGAAAAUUCCAAACAAGAUGAUGCUUUUUACAUUAGUGAACUAUCAUUUUUAAAUAAGGAGUUUAAAAUGACUGUUGCUUACAACGGUGAUAUUGAUGUACCUUUUCUUGGUUUGAAAAUAUCAAAACCUUCACUUGCAAUUAGUAAAAAAAAGGGAGCAGAUGAACCAUGGAUAUUUAAAGGUCAUGCAGAAGUUAUUUCUAAGGAAUUAAAGGAAACUCCAAACAAAGGGAAUAUAGACUUUACUUUUGACACCAAACAGAAUAUUGAAGUUAAUAUUAAAAUUCCAGCAUUAGAAAUUAAAUCUAUUGCAAAGUAUUUUGGAGUUCAACCAUUUGAAGGAGAUAACAAAAAUCUGGAACAGCGCUUCAGUUUUGGAAUAAAUGACCUUUACAUAAAUGGAAAGUUGAACUUAAGAGACAAAAAUGGAGAGCUCACAGUGACUGCCUCUCCAGUAAUUAAUGGAAUAACAGGUCUAAAGCUUGCUGUUUUAAUAUGGAAGCUCAAGGAACCUCAAAACUCCAAAUCUGUUGGAAUAGCAUUUGGUUUGGUAAUGAAGAAUUUACGUUUAGAUCAUGCUUUAAAGAAAUUUGCAGGCGUUGAAAUGCCAGAGUCAUGGCUUAGUGAUGUAUCUAUAGUAAUGCUGGCCAGUACUGCAGAUAAGGACUACUGUAAGAAUAAAGAUAAUGAAAAUUUACCAGAAUGUGAGAAACCAUCAGAAGAAUCAUCAGAAGAAUCAUCAGAAGAAUCAUCAUCUAAUAGUAAAAGAUCAGAUGAUGAGGAUACAGAUGAUGAGGAUACUGAUGAUGUGGAUGCAGAUAAUGAGGAUACAGAAAAUGGGGAUACAGAAGAUGGUGACGAUGAAGAACUAAAAAAUACCCAUUUUGAAACAAUAGAAGAAUUGAGAAAAAUAGAAAUAGUACAAGGACUUGUGUUGGAAGCCUCUGUUAAACUUGAAAAUAUAAAAAAAUGCAUGGGUAAUGGUAUAUGUGAGUUUCUUGUUACCAAGGGGGUUAAAGAACUUUCUCUGAAUGGAAAAAUCACAUCUUCUAGUUUCCGACUUGAAGCAUCUAUAAAUGGUGAUAUAAAGCUAGGUGAAACAAGCGAUGUGUUACUUAAAAAAAUAUCUCUUGUGUUGCAAUUUGGAUCCAGUGAAAAUAAAAUAUCUAUUAGUUGUGAAUUUCAUACAGUAAAUCCAAAACUUAAAAUUAAAGGCUUUAUUGAGCUUGAUCUAAGUGGAAAAUUACAAAUUGGUGGAGCUAUGGAGGGUAUGAUCGAAAAACCAUUUGGUGUUGAGUGGCUUGCUUUUGGAAAUCUUAAUUUAAAUUUUGGACUUGAUUUGAAGACAGCCCUUCCAUCUCUUGAAAUGGGUGCAGAAAUAUGGCUUGGGAAUCUUAAUGGAGACACCCAAGAGUUGUUUAAGUUCCAAGGUUAUUUUGGUUUUGAUGCAGCGAACCCCCUCAAUUCAUUUUUUUAUGCACGUAGCUUUGGUGCAGACCUAACUUUGAGAAACAUUUUACGAGCACUUGGUAGUACUCGCACUUUACCAGAAAUGGUUGCAAACAGUGGUUUCAUUGGCGAGCUAAUUAUUGCUGUUAGUUUUUAUUUGGAAGAUAAAAAGAUUCGUGGUUUGGAGUUUACUAUCCCACCUGGCUUUAUGUUCAAAGGAAAGAUUUCUGUGUUAGGUUAUAACAUUGAAUGUGAUCUUAAGUUCAACCCCAAAGAAAAAACAUUUUUCUUGAACGCAAUGUUUGAUCCAAUCAAUGAUUGGGGAGCUGGAGUAAUACAACUUUAUCGAUCAGCUGAUGAACCAGAAUUAGGACCUGUUUUGUAUAUUGAUGUAAGCUCUUCAAAGUUUGAAGUCUGCAUCCGGGGAUAUAUAAGCAUUCUUGGAAUAACUGCUAGUGUUGACAUUCAGAUUACUAAUACCGAAUUUUCUUUUAAAGUUCAUGGUAACUUGUUUAAUGUAUUAACAAUGAGUAUCACAAUAGAAGCUUCAUAUGCUAACAAGAAAUUAGAGUCGUUUAAAUUUAAUGGCUGUGUUGGGCUUGGUGUAAUAAAGAAAGUGACAGAAGCUGCAAAAAAAGCUGUAGAAGAAGCCAGAAAGAAAGCACAAGCUAUGUUUGAUGCUGCACAAAAAACCUUAAAUAAAGCUCAAGAAGAUAUUGCUGCAGUAAAAGCUAAAAUAGGAAAGUGGAAACAAGGUCUUAAUGAUUAUAGAGAAAAGUUAAAAGCUAGAGAAAGGCAACUCGAAGAAGAAAGAAGUAAAAUGACCAACAAUUGUGCUGAGGAAUGUGGAACAGUUUGUAUUCCAUUCUUUGGAUGGAAAGAUAAUUGUUUCUAUAUUUGGGGUUAUCCUGUUGGUUGUCCUACAUGGGAUAAUUGUAAAUGGCGAGCUCCAAACCUUAUAUGUAUUGCUGGUUGUGAGAUUAAAAAAGGAUUGGCAAAAUUUGCUUCAUGGGCUGAACAGAUUGGGUUGAAGAUUAUGGCUGGUUUAUCACAAAUUGGAGAUUUAUUCUUAGAUGCUGCAACUGGAGUGACAAAUAUUGCUGACGGGGUUCUUAAUUUAGCUAAGGAGUUAGUUGAGUUUGCAAGAAAAGCAACAGACGAAAUCCUCAAGGCAGCUUUAAACUUGUUGACCAUUGAAAUCCGCAGUAUAUGUUUAAAAGCUGAAUUUGAUCCAAAAGCUAAAACUUGCGCUGGAAUAAGUCUAGAUGGAUCAUACAUGAAUGUUAACUUUGCAUUUGAAGGAUCAAUGUGUUUUGAUAGCUCUGCACUUACCAGUCUUGGUUCUACUGCAACAAAAACUGCAGAACCUAAGAUUGAUAAAUUAGAUGAGACAGCGGCAAGUGUUGAUGCUAAAUCAAAUGAUGUCAAGCGAGCUUGUGAUGAUAUGGAUAAAGAAGCAAAUCGUGUUGAAAAUGAUGUUAAAACCACAACCACUGCCAAAAUAGAGAAGCGAUCCCAUGUUCCUACUGAAGAAGAAGUACGUCUCCAUAAAUUAAUUUAUGAUCCUCUACCAAAAGUAAAUUUGAGAAGUGAUGAAACAAAUAGUGCUAUGAAAAAUGCAGUCCCCUGGGAAUAUCUUAAUGCAGAAGACAUCAAUAACCAAGUUGUUCUUUAUCGAAACAAUGUGUCUGUUCGUCACAAAAUACCUAAUGAAGAGUCACAUGAUUUUUGUCAUCAACAUCAAAAUGUUCUUUCAAGAUAUAGUACCAUAGCAGAUAGUUUCUCUUCUGCUAUUAACAAUGCAAACAAAGCUAAAGAGGGAUACAUAAAUAAAAAAAAAUCAUAUUUGAAUGAAGUAGAUUACUUGAAUGGUUUGGUUCGUUCAGGGCCAUUAAAUAAUAUGACAUUGGAUGAACAACAGGAUAUAUUGCACUGGAGGGAUUACACAGAAAGUCACGUCAAAAGUUUCAUAGAUAAAGCAACAGCUGCUUUUCACGGUAGAAGACGUGAUGGUAUAAAUCAUGUUCGUCAGGUUCUCAGCAAUGCCGUUGAAAGUGAUAGAGGUGUUAAGUUGCCUGAGUACAUUAAACACUUACACUCUCUUGCAGUAAAAGCUGACAAAAAAUCUCAAAUUGAUACAAAACCUUACAAAGAUAAUUCCAUCAGUUUGCACCACAUAAAGGAGAUUCUUCUUAACGUAGCUUCUAAUGAUCACAUACCAUCGAUAGAAUUAGCUAAAGGUAUUGGCAAAGUGCAAAAGAUGUUGUCUGAUAUGAAAAGAUCAAGUAUUCCAUGCGCAGCCUAAUUUUUUUUAAUGAGGAGUUAAUAUUUAUAUGAUACCUUUAUAUAUAUAUUUAUUUAUUUAUUUUUAUAUAAAUUUUAAUGUAACUUGUUUGCAAUAAAGAAUACUUGAAAACAAGUGUCUAA